AUUGGUUAAAGUUUAAGCUAAAACAAAACCGAGUAUUUAUAAUAUAUUUACGUCAAUAUUAUAAUAAUAAUGGAGUCGAAUUUAAGCCAUUCGUGAAAAACUACAUACUUCGCAUAAAAUUUUCUAAUUUAUUUACACAUUUAAUGAUAAGAUUUUUUUAUAUCUCAUUUUAGACAAUUUAAUAGCAGUAGCAGUAGUAAGGCUGUUAAAAUUUUGUGUUGUUAAAGCGGUUGUCUAGAUACCGAAUCGACCGAAGGCUAUAGUGCGAGGCUCUUUAUCGUUUUUUAUUUUACAUUUAAACAAAAGCGUGUCAUGAAAGUGAAGUAAACUACUCAUUGGAUCAUGGCUGCUAUAAUACCUAUGGGAUUAAAUGGGAUUAAAGGAUUAGAUGCUAACCGUUACGCGACAAAGAAGACCGUUGCACAAGGCUUGCUGGACAUAGCUUUGUUGACAUCGAAUGCAUCGCAGCUGAAAUAUAUUCUCCAAGUUGGCAGCAAGCAUGAGUUCUACACGCUGCUCAUCACCCUCAUCACGAUAUCUAUUAUUUUACAGCUUGUGGUCGGAUUGCUAUUUGUUUUAAUCGGAGGAUUGGAUUUGAAUGAUCACCUGGACCAGCCAUCAGCUGUCAUUCUCAAUGACAUCAUUGUUAUAUUUAUUUUCGUCAUAUCUGUUAUUAAUAUCGUGAUAUCCGCUUUUGGAAUAGAAUAUUCCAACAACCCAUUAGUUUUGGAACGUUUAAAAUAUUUGAAUAAUGGAUAUUUGAAAAUAGCAAACUCGACGAUUUAACGAAGAAUUUAGUUUUAAUCUAUAUAAUAUGGUUAUAACGUCCUUUCAUCCAUUGGUUCAGUGAUACUUGGUUUUAUUUUCGACAUCAAUCACCAACCCCACCAUAAACGCGCAGAAAUAUUGAAUAAUCUUUAUUUGGGCACUAAAACAGUAAGCACAGUAGUAAAUGUGAUGAUUUCGGUAUUUUAUUCCCUGGAUGUAACUGGAAAUGGAGUUCCUGGACCCAUAACAACAACUUUAAAUGCUGUAAUAUAGCCAUUCUCUCUUUUUUCUGUAAACAAAACAUAAACGCAUAGAUGUUUUUCUGUACUAAGAUUAUUUUUAAUUUUAUAAUUUUCGGUAUAAUAUUACUUAUUUUAAAUAAACUUGUUAAAAAUAU